CUUCCUGCUUUCCAUCACUUUCUUGCGGUGUUUGCUCGUGGCGAUCCUCUACAAAUUUUCUCCACACACUCCUCCACACAUUCAACAAACCACUCUUGACAACCACUUCUCUUCUUUCACUCACCUUCCUACACUCCCAGUUCAAGACUGCUUCCACCUUCUCGACAGAGAACAGACCAGCAGAGCCCCAUUUGCUUCGACGUCACUUUACCUUUCAGGGUACUCCACAAACAAGACCAAUACCCAACUCUAUACUCUUCACUCACACCCACAAUGGCACCCAAAUCCGGAAAGAAGGCCAUUCACUUCGGCGGUGGCAACAUCGGUCGUGGCUUCGUUGCCGAAUUCUUGCACAACUCCGGCUUCGAGGUCGUCUUCGUUGACGUCGUCGACAAGCUCAUCGAGACCCUCCAGAACACCCCCUCCUACGAGGUCACCGAGAUUGGCCCGGAAGGCGAGACCAAGUUCACCAUCGACAACUUCCGUGCCAUCAACAGCAAACAUGAGAUGCCCAAGGUCGUCGAGGAGAUUGCCACUGCAGACGUCGUUACCUGUGCCGUCGGCCCCAACAUCCUCAAGUUCAUCGCCGAGCCCAUCGCCAAGGGCAUCGAGGCUCGCAAGGAGGAGAAGCCGAUUGCCGUCAUUGCCUGCGAGAACGCCAUCGGUGCCACCGACACCCUGCGUGGCUUCAUCGAGGAGAAGCUGUCGGAGGAGACAAAGAAGAACAUCAAGUCCAAGGCCCGCUUCGCCAACUCGGCUAUCGACCGUAUUGUGCCCAUCCAAGACGAGGGCCAGGGCAUGAAUGUCAAGAUCGAGAAGUUCUACGAGUGGUGCGUCGAGGAGAAGCCCUUCGAGCACGACCCCCCUCACAUCAAGGGCGUGCACUUCGUCGGCGACCUGCAGCCAUACAUCGAGCGCAAGCUCUUCACCGUCAACACCGGCCACGCCACUGCUGCCUACUACGGCUACAACCGCGGCAAGAAGUUCAUCCACGAGGUGCUCGAAGACAAGGAGCUCCACGACAUCGUGCAGGAGACGCUCAAGGAGACGGCCCACCUCAUCACCAAGAAGCACUCCCACAUCAGCAAGAAGGAGCAGGAGGAGUAUGUGCAGGCCAUCGUCAAGCGUAUCUCCAACCCCGUUCUCAAAGACAACGUCGAGCGUGUCGGCCGUGCUCCUCUCCGCAAGCUCUCGCGUAAGGAGCGCUUCAUCGCCCCCGCCGCCCACCUUGCGGAGAAGGGUGACAAGAUCGACCACCUGCUCGGCGGCAUCGAGAUGGCCCUGCGCUUCCAGAACGUCGAGGGUGACGAAGAGUCGGCGGAGCUGGCGAAGAAGCUCAAGUCGCAGGAUGCCAAAGCAGCCACCAAGGACAUCACCGGUCUGGAGGAGGACCACCCACUCUUCAGCAAGGUCGAGGAGGUUGUGGCCAAGGUUCAAAAAGACACCAAGUAGAAUUAUGAGCCCAAUGGCUGCCCUUACGACGGGUACAUGAAGUGAUGGAGAUGCUGCGGCUGAUGCGGCGGUGAUCGAUGCCUCGAGUAUCUUACAUGAUGUGCAUGGACAUUAUUUGGCAUGGAUACCAGGGUGUUACUUUUCCACACGAGCCA